UUCAUGAUGUACAUUUCAUUGAAUAGUCACUUAAAUUAGUUUUCAGAAUUGAAACUCUCAUUAGAAUGAAAACUAUUUCCGAAAAUAUUACUUGUAUUACAUGAAUAUACCGUUUCAUUGACCAAGCUAAUCAGGAAAAUGACGUCAUUUUUGACGUCAGAAGGCUAAAGUCUGCACUGAAGAUGGCGACAAACUUAGGAGAGGUUAAUGGUUGUACUGAGUCUGAUAUUGGAGAUUCGAGAAAAAGGACAUUGGACACUGAAUUAGAUAUUGGGUCUACCAAACGAUCACAUCAUGUCAAUGGAACUUAUCAUUUUAAGAUUCUGGUGCCCUCUGUGGCUGCUGGGGCUAUCAUUGGUAAAGGUGGUGAAACAGUUGCUCAAUUACAGAAAAAGACUGGUACUCGGAUAAAAAUGUCUAAAGCCAAUGAUUAUUAUCCAGGAACAACAGAAAGAGUAUGUCUUGUUACAGGUAGUGUAGAUGGAAUUUUUCAAGUUCACGAGUUCAUAAUGGAAAAGAUCAGAGAAAAACCUGAUCCUAAUGCUAAAAUGGCCAUUGAUUUUGAUCACAAGCAACCUGCAGAACGAGAAAAGCAGGUAAAAAUAUUAGUUCCCAAUAGCACUGCUGGGAUGAUCAUUGGAAAAGGUGGAAGUUACAUUAAGCAGAUUAAAGAAGAAAGUGGUGCAUAUGUGCAAGUAUCACAGAAAGCUCGAGAUCAUGCAUUAGCUGAACGGUGUAUUACAGUCAUAGGGGAAGUAGAAAAUAACAAAAAAGCGUGUGAAAUGAUUUUGGCUAAGAUUAUUGAAGAUCCUCAGAGUGGUAGUUGCUUAAACGUUAGUUAUGCAGAAACAUCUGGACCUGUGGCAAAUUUUAAUCCUACUGGUUCUCCUUUUGCUGCUGCUAGUAAUAUUCAAGGAAGCAGUGGAGUAAGUGCGAGCAACACAAGCUACAGCUCCAAUUGCAGUCUCAAUAGUCUAAGUCCAACUAUUAACAACAACUUUGGGAGCCCCCAAGGAGCAGGCAAUCCGACUGGAGUGGUGCAGUUUUCAGCCGGUAUGGGAAUGAGCAUUGGUGCUUCAGGUAGCAUUGCUCAACUAAUUGAAAAUAUCAAAGCAAUGCUUGGUGGGAAUGGAUACUCAGACCAGGCUACUGCAGAGAUCACAGCAGCGAUGCAUACACUAGCAAGUUAUGGAGUGCUAGGAUUGGGACUCAGUUUGGGAAGUAUGUUAAAUAACAUGGGUGGAGCACCAAUGAUGAACAGCAUGGGAAUUAGUACGUCUGCCUCUAAUAGUUGUGCUGCACUUCCACCAAGUGGUUUAGCCAAUCAAGGAAUGUUUACCUCAGGCACAGCAAUUUCUGCCAUGGAUGGUUCCUGCCCCGUAAGUGCUGCCUCUACUGCAUCCAUGGGUGGAACAUCCAACAUGUUUGGUACACUUAGUGGUAACAUAGGGAAUGGCAUAUCAGGAUUAGGACUUGGUCCAAAUUUCUCCUCACCCACAGUCAGUAAAUCAGGUGAAAGAUAUCUUUUUCAAGCAGACCAGGCAGUUUAUGAUCCCUUUCGAAGAAAUUCACCUGCCUUGGGAUCUCCAGGAGUGCCUAAUUUACCCAUCAAUAACAAUUCCUUUGGUCUUGGGACAAGCUUCAGCCCUGGUUCCUCAUUUCUCCAGAAAAGCUCCACUCCCAAUGAUCGUCAAGUAGGAUUUGAAUCAAGUAAGCUAGAAAUUGAAGUAGGUGAAAAUAUUGUAGGUGCCGUUCUAGGUCCUGGAGGAAAGUCUCUGGUUGAAAUACAAAGAUUUAGUGGUGCAAAUAUUCAGAUUUCUAAGAAAGGAAUUUUUGCACCUGGAACUCGUAAUCGAAUUGUGACAAUAACAGGAUCCCCUAAUUCUGUUAGCACUGCACAAUAUCUCAUUGAGCAGCAGAUUACUGACGAAGAAGCUAAGAGAGCUCGGCAAAAUUCCAUGGGGCCUCUCCAUUGAUAUAUUCAGUCAAUUUCGUCCAUCAAUCCUCCCCUCUUCUCCUAUGUCGUAAGUCUGUGGCUGCAUUCACUAAUAUGACUUUUCAGUGAUCUGGCUCAUCAGGGUUGUUGCAAGAUUUCCAACACAUUCACAUUAUUCCUCACAAUGCUUCCCCAAAAGAGACAUGCUAAUUAAGUUGCUGUUAAUUACAUAUAUAUAUUAGAGUUUUUUAUCAUUGAAAAUGUAAUAUAUGUAGCAUUUACUAUCUUGUUCUUGCCACCACCACCCCUCCAUCCUCCCAUGUGGAAAUUACAUCCAGUUUGGUUACUUUGUUGGUAUUUUGAUGUUUGAUCAUGUUAUAAUCCAUUAUCUACAUAGAUUAAGAGAGUGUGGUUAAUUCUCACUAUUAGUAAGUGUUAUAUUGCUGUUGUUUGACAUUGUUCACUAUUAAUUCACAACACAGCAGCAGCAUUUAAGAUUUUCAAGAUACGUGUAUACAACUAAACUGAUACUCUCUGUGUUGUUUUCAUUCCUGUUGUUGUUAAAGGUUUGUAUACUGUUAUUGUUGAAUGUUCCUGAGCAAUAGUACAGCUCACCUUAGAGUUUAUUGACCACAGCAAAUCAUAGCAUAGUGCUCAUUGAUAAACAUCAAGAAGAAAAGAGUUCUGUGUGCUUUUUUUAAAUACACGUGUAAAACAUUUAUAUUAAAAGGAUGCUCUUUCGAGAUUUUGGAACACAGAGAAUGUUUAUUAUUAGUGUGUUUACAUAACUAAUUUUUCAGUAAACACAUUAUGAAAGAAUUUGCUAUUUAAUUUGCAUAAGGAAAGAACUUAGUUUUUUUCUA